UUUCUGAGACUAUUCUAGUCUAACAUAGAAGCGUAUAUAAAGUGGAGCACUUUUCUAGAUCAUCACAUCAUUUCACCUGACUCGAUCGCGAGUGGACAAUCGUCUUCAGUGUGUAGUGUAAUAAAUUAUAGCAGAACAGAAAAUGAAGUGCCUAAUUAUGUUAUCGCUGGUGGCCAUGUGCUGUGCCCUUCCUCAGAAUCUUAACGAUGGACGUUACUACCCAGAAGUCCUCAAUUCUAAAUUUGAUGACGGACAGUGGCAUCCAGAUGGACAAAAAAGCGGCUCUGGAGGUGGUGCUGGUGCUGGAGCCGGAGCUGGUUCUGGUGCAGGUGCUGGUGCAGGUAACCGAUUCGGUGCUGGCGGCGGUGCAGGUGGUAAUGGUGGCUUUGCUGCCCCACCCCCUCCAGCUCCAGUCGCAACCGCUUCUGCUGGAUUCGGUUCAGGCUCUGGUUUUGGCGGAGGAGCUGGAUUCGGUGGGGGAGCUGGAUUCGGUGGAGGAGCAGGAAACGGUGGAGCUGGAUUCGGUGCAGGAAACGGUGGAGCUGGAUCUGGUUCCGGAUUCGGAGCUGGUGGCAAAAAUGGCGGUUCCGGCAGUGGAUCUGGCAGCGGAUCCGGCAGCGGUCAGAGCAUCGGAGUCAAGGAAGAUACCCGAGAGCUGAAUGGCGAUGGAUCGUACUCCUACAAAGUACUGACCGAUAACGACAUUGAAUUUUCCGAGCAAGGAAAGCUCGAAAACGUGGGCGAAACCCAAGCCAUUCGCGCCAAGGGAUACUAUCAGUUCGUUGCCGAUGAUGGUGUCACCUACCGAGUCGAUUACGUCGCUGAUGAAAACGGUUUCCAACCAACUGGUGAUCAUCUGCCUACCCCACCACCAAUCCCAGCUGAUAUCCUCGCAUCUUUGAAAUCCCAAGGAUUACUGUAGGAAGUGAUUUUCGAUGAUGACCUGAAACUGGAGGUGUUCAUUAGAAUGUAAAUAGUUACCUGAAUGAGUUGUUAAGAGUGUAGUGAGAAUGAGAGAUAAAUCCAAAUAAAUAAUGCAAUGCAACUGUAGUAAACACA